GCUCAUCGUGUCUGCGAGUCCCGACUUAACCCACGCUUUUCAUCAUCUCUUUCUAACAUUUUGGAAUUUAGUGGCUACAAUGUCUGGUUUUUUAACAAUAUUUGUCGGGUGGGACGUUCAGGCAGACAGAAUGAUGAAGACAACAGCUUUAUGUAACAUCCAUUCUGGUUCUUGAAUCACCAAUGCCCUAUUUGCUCAUUUCCCCAAUGCCUAUCCAACCAAGUGAACAAAAUAGAAGCCUCGACUCUCGAGGUUUUAGGCUUUCCGAACCAUGACUAUAUAGGAUCGUGCAGUGGGGUCCUCCAUAUCCAGUACCACAGGAUUCCAUCACUGUUCCUGACAUACUCGCCGUCACCCUGUCGAAGCCACGCUUAGAUUAUAUAUCGAGGUUAAUACAUGACUCAAUGCAUUUCCAAGCUGCUUCAAUGGAAGGUGUUCGGCGUUGUUCUCUGGAGAGCAUUGAGGAAUACCCCUCUCCCGGGAGCCCCAGAGAACCCAUGGAAUUUCUGGCUCGGUCCUGGACUAUCCCUGCCUUGGAAGUCUCCACACCCUUCCACAAACUAACCUCAUCUUUAUCAUCGACUGGUGUAACUAACCCACUCACUUCUCAGCUGGUUAUGGAACGCAUUCUAUCUCAAUCUGAAGGAUCGCCUCUCACAUCGGGAAGGCUGUCUCAGAGCAGCGGCCCACUAAAUGUUUCGGCCAGUGGAAGUCCUCCUGCUUCUCCAAUGGGAACUAAUGAUCUUAAGAGAUUUUUGUUAUUGCAAGAAGCACUUAACCCUGACCCGUGCAACAGGGGCAAAAAGUUUCACAGAAGCUUCAGUGCUGCAAAACCAUGUCCGUUGAGGGGGAAGACAGUGGGAAGGUGGCUGAAGGAGAAGAAGGAAAAGAAGAAGGAGGAGACGCGUGUUUACAAUGCGCAGGUGCAUGCGGCCACGGCAGUAGCGGGAGUAGCAGCUGCUGUUGCAGCAAUUGCUGCUGCAUGUGCUACUGGUGGAAGUGAUGGCCAAUCCAAGACCAAUAUGGCAGUGGCUUCAGCAGCAACUCUUGUGGCGGCUCAAUGUGCAGAAGUUGCAGAGAGUAUGGGUGCUCAUCAUCAAUACAUGGCUUCUGUGGUAAACUCUGCUGUCAAUGUCAAAACGCCAGGAGAUAUCAUGACCUUAACAGCAGGCGCAGCUACCGCUUUGCGCGGAGCAGCAACUCUUAAAGUAAGAGCACUGAAGGAAGUAAGGAAUAAUGCAUCUGUUAUUCCAUAUGACAAGGGUGGCAGUGCAACUACUGGACCCGAUCAAGAGUUGGGUGAAAAGGGAGAUGAAUUGGCUAUGUCCUGCCAGGAGGUGCUAGCAAGAGGUGGAGAAUUGCUAAAGCGAACUAGAAAAGGCGUGCUGCAUUGGAAGCUGGUUUUUGUUUAUAUUAAGCAUGGACAGGUGAUGGUCAAACUUAAGAGCAAACACAUGGGGGGCACCUUUACAAAAAAGAAAAAAAGUAUGGUAUUUGAUGUCUACAAAUAUGUACCUGCAUGGCCUGGGAGAGACCUGCUGGAGGGGGGGGAGUGCAAAAGAUAUUUUGGCCUCAACACAGACCGUGGGGUGAUUCAGUUUGAAUGCAAAGACGAGAAAGAGCAUCAAGCAUGGACCGAGGGCAUUUCAAGAAUACUGUCCUUGACACAACAACACAAAUUGAUAUGACUCCAAGAUUAGAUAGCCAUGCUUGGUGUAUAACAGUUUUUUGGGGAGUGCAAAAUCCUUUCUGAUUUCAAAGGUUAUGGAAUCAAUGAAAAUCUCUCAAGCCAAACAUGGUUGUAAAGGUUGCUGGAAUCUAUGCAAUUAAUUGCACCAGGAUUUGAUCUAGCUAUUGUUCAAAUGAAGAGGUCCAUCAGAACGGAAUGUCCCUAAUGUUAGGUCCAAUUGCUGCAUUUAUUGUAUUGUCUCACCCAACGUAUAUUUAUACAAAGCAAAUUUGGUGGUAGCUCUACCAUCUAUUCCCCACAGAUAGUAAAACUAACUAUAAGCUACAUAUGAUGCAAUUGUCAGGCUGGGAGUUGAAGAGCAGGACAAAAUGGUAUAAUUUUAUUGAUUUGAAAAUGAAGAUUAAAGUCUUAUCUUA